AUGUCGUUAGAAGAACAUUCUUUGGUGGAUUACUUGGAAGAGGAUGUUAAAAACAAAGAUGUAAAAGGUGUAACAGGUAUAAAAGGUAUAAAAGAUGUACAAAUGGACGUAAAAGCUAGUGUUGACAGUCGCAGUUUGAUAAUUAAUAUUAUCUUGAUAGUGUUUUAG